AUUGUGAUCCCAUGAGAAUCCAGUUGGAAGAAAGAAUUAGAGAUCUGGAAAGUGAAUUGGAGAGGGUCAAAAACACCCAACAAGAGAGUGCUUCUCGGAAAGAAGCAACACAGGGCCAAAUGGAAAUGUACAAGGAGCUGUAUCUGGAGGAAGUGACAACCAGAAGAUGCCUUGCCAAGAAACUGGAAAGGUUGGAAAAGCUUCUGAGGAUAGACAGGAGGAAAGUCAGGGUUAAUGAAAAGAAAGAAAGCCAGUCCCAGCUGGAAGAAAUGAAGAACAGAUAUUCUGAAAAGGUCAAGGAAGUUGAUAGAUUACAAACAGAGGUUGCUGAACUUUCCCAGCAGCUGGACAGGGAACGUGAACAGUGCACGCAGCUGGAAGCCAAAAAUCAGGCUUUGCAAGAAGAGCUGUCUGCCCUGCGUGGGGAGUGCGAGAACCUGGCCAUGGACAAAUGCCAGCUGCAAGAAGAGCUGGCAAAACUGCAGCAUCACUUGGAGACCAACGUGGUGGAUCACAGCCAACUAGAACAACAUAAAAGAGAGGUGGAAGAACGAGCCGACCAGGAAAUAAGGCAAAAACUCCAAGAAGUCAAUGAGUUUUUGCAAGCACAGGCAGCCCACCAGGACACGUUAGAAGAAAUCAGAAGCAGUCAUUUGGACUCACUGAAAAACCAGCUGGAAGACAGAAUUAGAGAUCUUGAAUGUGCACUGGGAAGGAGAAAAAGCAACCAAGCAGAAAGACCUUUUCCAGAAGAAUCCACCCAGGCAGAAGUGGACAAAUACAAAGAGCUGUAUCUGGUGGAAGCCAAAACCAGAAAAAGCCUCGCCAAGAAACUGGAAAGAGCUAAUGAGAGACUUGCAGAGGCCAACACCAAGCUCCUUUGGGAGCGCCACAGAAGCAGAUCUGCAGUCCCAAGCAGCGCCGUCAGCGGACACCUGGCUGCAAGUCCACUUCUGGAUCCAACUGGCCUGGGACAUCUUGGCAUCAGUUUGGGGCUGAGCAGAAGCCUGGGUCUCAGAACAGCACCCAGACACCUGUGGUAAAGCUGAAGACAGGAUGCUCCAAAGGGCCACGGCAGACCUCGAUGAAGAAGGUGGGAUCUACAUCCCAUAUCGUACCCAUGGAAGCCUUUUCAACCUAAGGCGACUGAAGGCCCACACCAAGACCUUAAACCAUCUUGUCUGGGAGCUGCUUUACGCUGACGCCGCCGCCCUCGUGGCUCACACAGUGGCAGCUCUGCAGCGUUUAACAUCCUGCUGUGCUGAGGCUGCUGAGCUCUUUGGGCUGGGCGUCAGCUUGAAGAAGACACAAGUUCUCUAUCAGACCGAGGAGGGGGCCUUUGCCCACGUGGACGAUGACUGGAAAUGCGACACCCAUCCAGACUUUUCCCAAUGCGCAGAUGUUACCGCGUGGGAAGAAGACGUGACACCCCAAGAGCU